UUCUCUGUUUACUUACUUUCGUUGGCGAUUUGAAAAAACUAGGGUUUCGUUUACUUCGUGAAAAUACAGAAUGGUGAAGAAGGGAGGUACGAAGAGAAAGCCUGUGAUGACGAAGAUUGCUAACAAAGCUUCUCGCGCUACUACUUUCACGAAACGCAGAGACGGUCUCUACAGCAAAGCGGCUCAGCUUUGUGUUAUCACCGACGCUCAAAUCGCUAUCCUUGCGACACCAUCUUCUUCAAACUCCAAUACUCCCUUCUUCUCGUUUGGUCACUCUUCUGUUGAGUCUGUGGUCUCCGCUUAUCUCUCUGGACAGAGACUUGCUCCUGUUUCAACGUGUGAUAAUACCAAAGCGACGCGAGAAGACCUAGGUAUAUGUAUGGCUCGCAAGGACCUAGGGUUAGGGUUUUGGUGGGACGAUGACAAGCUCGUCAACUCGAAUGAUUCGGAAGAGCUUAUGGAAGCGAUGGAGUCUAUGAAAGUACUACAGAGCCAUCUCAAGCGAUUGGAGGAUCAAACCCUAACAACAACAACAACAACGGUCGAUGAGGACAUGGUUGAGAUUUCACCUGAGUCGGAUGAAUGGAGCGAGAUGGAUCUUUUUAAACUCCUCCAAGAUUGUGAUUGUGAUUGUGAUGAUGUACCACCACUACAUGAUGUUGUUAGCAACACUGAAGAGGAUCACAAUGUAUCUGAGAAAACCUGCAACAACAACAACUUUGUAUCAUUACCUGAAUUGGAUGAAUGGAGCGAGAUGGUUCUUAAUCAACUACUGGAAGAUUGUGAUCAUGUACCAGAGCCACCUGUCUUUGGCAAUACUGACCAAGAAGAAGAGGAUCACAAUGUGUCUGAGAAAACCUGCAACAACUUUGUAUCAUUACCUGAAGCAGUAGUUGGAAGCCUGGAAGAAGAGGCGAUGAAUAUUGAUUGGGAUACUGUUUUUGCAUCCGGUGAGGAGCUUCUUAGUGAUGAGUAUAAGAUGUAUGUAUAGAAAGAAAGCUCGAUCUAAUGUAAAUCUUGUUUAGAGACUAUUUUCAUGUUAAUUUGAGGAGAAAACAGUUUCGUUUGUAUCC